AGGUAAUUGAAAUGAAUAUUGCCUCUCGAGCUCUACUGCGACCUACUGCUAGACUCGUGAAAAGUCAUGUGGUUCAGGUGAGAAAUGCUGGAGGUGGUGAUAACUUCCAAAAUUGGGCCGAGGUCCGAAAAGUAAUGGACAUUUCAUGGGCAUGGAAAGAUGUCAUGCAGCGUUCUGUGUGGAUGGCUUUCUUUGCUGUUAUGGGCGGCUAUGGUGUCUACAUGGCAUCUGAACCAAAAUUCAACUUUAGAUACUCUAAACUUAAGUGAUUCAGAGAAUGACAGUGCCACCUAGUGAGACUUCAUGAUCUGUCAGUGAGCUGAUUUUAUAGGAUUAAUAAUGCAUUGUUGUAAAGUGCAUAUCUAGUUCAAGCCUUGAAUAGUGGAAUAUACCAAUUGUUCCAACUAUCUAAAUUAUUAAAAUCUGAUAUCGAAUUGGUCUUAUCAUGACUCUAAAUUAUUAAUUAAGGUUCUCAAUUUCCAUAAUUACUAUACUUAGUAAGACUAUUUUGUCCCGAGUUCCCUAACUUGAACUGGUUUAGAAUUAAUCUGAUAGUUAUUACUUAGUAUCAUGAUAUUAUCAUGAUUGUGAAACUCUUUGUAAAUAUUUAUUACACAUUUUCUUGUUUGAAUUUACUCUUCUCAAAAUGAUCUGAAAUUCUAAUGAUUCUUUGUGAUAAUAUUAUCAUAUUUAUUUGUAAUUUUGUUAUCACCCUGAUUUCCGUUCUUACGUCUACCUCAAACAGCUCCGCUCAUGUUGAAGGUAACAUGUCGAUAUGUCUGAGAGCAUCACAAUCUAAUGUACCCAGAAAGUUCAUCCAAUCCUUCCUGAGAAACGGUGGUUCCGAGGUCAGACUAUUUCACAGAACAAGUCAUGUGACAAGGUUGUGUCACGUGACCAGUGUAGCGAGACUACACCAGUGUAGAAAUGGGGAUAUAUCACUCUCAGUCAGGACUGUUGAUCAGAGUAACCGCUGUGUUGAUAUCUUCGGACUAAACAUACCUGCACGACACCUAAGCACUCGAACCCGAGCUAACCCUGAGCAGAUAGCACUAGCUCAACAGUACCUGGAACAACAUGGCAAGAAGAACAGGAAGUUUAGAGACUGGAUGAUGAUUACUAUAUCCAUCUUGUUGCUGAUGUUUGGUGUGUCCGCUGCUUCUGUCCCUCUCUACAAAGUAUUCUGCAGUGCUACUGGGUACGGAGGUACCACAAAGAAGCACAGUGAGGAGGACAACGCGAAGGUGAAGACAAUGUUACCGGUCGACUGGAGACCAGUUACUGUUACCUUUACCUCUACUGUUAAUCCUGGUCUGGAUUGGGAGUUUACCCCUGUACAGAACUCGGUGUCCCUGGUCCCUGGAGAGACAUGCUUGGCAUUCUUCACUGCUAAAAACAACUCCGCCCGCGUAAUAACCGGUAUCUCGACCUACAACGUGACCCCGUUUGAAGCGGGAGCUUACUUCAACAAGAUACAGUGCUUCUGUUUCGAUGAGCAGACUUUGAAUCCUGGCGAGGAAUUGGAUAUGCCUGUCUUCUUUUAUAUCGAUCCAGAGUUUGUGUUAGACCCUGACCUAAUCAGGAACAGGUGUCACGACGUACAACUCCACUACACCUUCUUUGAUACUGAUCAGGAACACAGCAGGUUCCAGCAACUUAGCAAGGAUAUCACUGCUUUCUUCAACGGAGAACGUAUGACUCCAGCUGAGUUCAACAUCCCUGAAUCUGACGAAAUCGUAAUAAUAAACGACGAGGUGUACAAAACAAUACUGCGUAAAGGCUACGAGAAAGAGUUUGUAGAACCUGGCACUACCGUGGUGUGUCACGUGACUGGGUUUCUGCCUGAUGAGGAGGAUAAGGUCUUCUGGAGCACGAAGGGAGGGAACCCUUUCACUUACAAAGCUGGAAUUGGCACCGUUAUAGAUGGGUGGGACGAGGGAGUGGAGGGUAUGAGCGAGGGUGAGAUAUCUAAAAUAUACAUGUCCUCCAACAAGGGAUACGGCAAGAUCGGGAACAGAAGUUGGAAUAUUCCUGGACACACAAACAUUGCUUUUGAGAUUGAAAUCCUUGCUGUUAGAUGAUAGUUUAUGAUGUGACGAUCUACAUUUUUACUUUUGGAGUUGACCCUCUUAAGAAUAUGAUUCUGUUGAUAUUAGUAAUGAUGGAGUAGUAAGAUCAUACGUAAAUCAAGGCCCUCUAUAACUCUGCAAUUGCUUAGUGUUUACAGACAUACACAAUCUAUACCGACCCUCUCAGACGAGCAACUGUUAUUAUUAUUUACAUCAAACCACUAUUUUAUGGAAUUCUGAAGCAUAAAAAUUGAUUGAAUAAAUUUGGUUUAUUUAUUGUUUAGUUUGUA